CCAACGGUUUAGGUUAGUCGCGAUUUUACCCUCGUGGAGAACGCGCGCGUUUCCAAACGAAUAAUAACAGAACUAAAGACAACUCCUCGCCGAAAUUUCCGUUAGAAAUACAAUUGGCCAAAAACGAAAACAUCUUCCACUAACCAAACAAACCAAACAACAAGUGCACUCUCCCUCCCAUCCUCCAUAGUGCCCUCCGCCUGACACUGUUGGUGUGUGUCUUGGCAAAAGUGCAGGUGAAAAUUUCACUCGUGCCGGCUACCUUCCCGCCUUGAGGAAGCCAAUUGCCCCCCGCUCGCAGUCAAUCCGUGCUAAUUGGCUUGAUUUUGGCCAAAAUAAAUAUCAAGUUCCAAUAUUUGCCGUGGGCCCGCGAAUUGUCUCGCCUAGAAGUUAGUCAAAAAACUGCCAGUCAGUCAGUCAGUCGGUCAGCGGUCUAUUGAGGUCUUUGGAUUUUGAGUGUGGAUGUGCAAGCAGUGAGCAGCAGAGGCGCAAAGAAAAAGACGAGCAAAGACGGUGCGGAGCGGAGCGGAGCAUUCUGCAUAUUUGCAUUUGAAAUUGUUUGCACACUUGAGAACUUGGGAGCCGACGAAGCAUCUAAGUUCUUUCCACUCAAAUUUCUACUUGUGAACGGACACUCGAAGGCAUCUUUCAAAUAGCCCCUCAUCCGGUUGUGCGAUGUAAAGAGCAACCAGCAAGGAGAAGCCAAGCCAAACCAAACCACCAACCAACCACCAGCCAACAUCCACCGGAGAAUCUUCCACGAAACGCAGUGCCAUUAACAGGAGAAAAAAAGACCAUCAACGAGCAGGAAUCACGAUGAGUGGCAGCCAUAGAAUGUUGUGCUGUCAAGUAUUUAUCUUAGUUUUAUUUGCACACACAAUCCGGGCGGAGUUCCAUGCAAGCGGAGCCAGUGCGGCAGUCAGCUUCGAUGGCCCCUCGCCGGUGCAGGCGCUGGGCGCACUCCCUCCGACAGCGCGACCCAACAGACGCCGCAUGUACGCCAUGUGUCCGCCGCAGUUCCAGCGCGUGGGCACCGACUGCUACUCGCUGGUGAGCCAGCGCAGCAGCUGGCUGGAGGCGCACUUCUUCUGCAAGGACAAGAACGCCAAUCUGGCCGAGCCACUGAAGUACGCCGACCGCAAGCUGAGGGCAUUCCUGCAGAAGGAGGAUGCCCACACAGGAGAUCACGAACCGGUGUGGAUUGGCGCCACUUUCGAUCACCGCAAUCAUCUCUGGCAGUGGAGCAUGAGCGGUCGCAACCUGACCUACGAUUCGUUCAGCGAAAUGGAUCCCACCUAUGUGCAACUUAUCUCCAACAGCGAGCCCAACGACAACAACUGCGCCGUCUACGAUCCGAGUCUCAAGUACCGCUGGUCGGCACGCUCCUGCCCGGACAAGCUGCGUUUCAUCUGCCAGCACAAGAUGCCAAAGGUGAGCGAGGCCAACCGCUACAAGAUCUACAAUCGCUGGAAUGCCACCUAUCCGAAUGAGCGGGCCAACGAGGUCGUGCUGGAGAUCAUCGAUCGCAACGACAAGGAUCGCAGAUAUCAUCGUCGUGUAAAGGCGGAGGGCAGCGAUGAGGAAAUGAUUAUUCCCGGUCGCCGCAAGAACAAUCGUCGCAACCAGCCACGCAACCGCCAGCAGCCACAGCAGCAGUCGCCCCUGCACCCGAACGAUGUCAACUCGCACCAGAGGGAGCCGCAGCCGCAGCAGCAGCGUCCGCGCAAGCAGCGUCCACGUGUCUCGACCACCACCGUCGCACCCACAUCCGAGCUGGCACCCGGUGCCCUGUCCAACAGCCACAAUAACGAUGUGCUGCCCGCCUCGCCAACGCCCCAGCAGAUGACCCAGUACGACCGCAAGCUGCAGCGCCAGCGGCAGAAGGAGAGACGCCGCCAGCAGCGCAAGAAGGAGCGCCAGGAGCAGAACCGCCAGCUGCGUCGCGAGCGUCAGCGCAAGCAGCGUGAGGAGCAGCUGCGAUUGCAGCGGGAGCGGGAGCAGGUGCAGCAGGAGCAGCCACAGCCCGAAGUGCAGGAACUGCGCGUGCGAGCGGCCAACCAUGACCAGAAGGAGCAGCAGGAGAAGCAGCUGAAGGAGGAGCAGCAGAAGCAGGAGGAACAGGAGCGACAGCAGAAGGAGAAGCAGCUGCGGGAGCUCAAGGACAAACAGCAGCGCGACCAGCAGGAGCGCGAGUAUCAGCAGCGACUGCGCGAACGCGAACUGGAGCAACUGAAGCAGCGGCAGGCGGAGGAGGAGCGUCGUCGCACGGCCGACGAUGAGGCCGAGAAACUGCGCCUGGAACGCAUACAGAAGCAGCGCGAGCGAGAGGCUGAGCAGCGUCGGGCACGCGAGGAGGAGAUGCGCAAGCAGCGCGAGGAGCAGGAGGAAAUCGAUCGCCGCAAUGCCGCCGAACGGUUGGCCGAGGAGAAGCGACUGCGGGAGGAACACGAGAAGCGCAUAGCCGAGGCCAACUCCGAGCAGGAGAAGCAGCUGGCCGAGGCCCGCGAGAACAAGCGACGCGAGGAACAGGCCCUGAAGGAGCAGCUGCAGGAGCAGGAGCGUCAGCGCCAGGAACAGAUCCGUCGCGAGCAGGAGGAGGAGGAGAAGCGCCUGCAGCUGAAGCGUGUGGAGGAGACGCGCAUCUUUGAACAGCGGGAACUGGAGCGAUUGCACGAGGAGAACAGGCGGCGGGAGGAGCUGCAGCGUGCCCGCGAGGCAGAGAUUGCCGAGCGCGAGGCCAACGAGAAGAGGCUAGAGCAGGAGGAGGAGCGUCUGCGCAAGGAGGUGCAGGAGGAGGAGCGUGCACUGAAACUCCCGCUGGAGAAGGAGAUGCGCGAGGCGGAGGAGGCGCGCAAGGCCAAGGAGGAUGCCGAACGGCAGGAGAAGGAGGCCAAGGCAGCCGAGCAGAAUCGCAAGCUGGAGGCAGCCAAGAAGGCCGCCGAUGCCUUGGUCCAGGCCACGCUCGAGGAGAAGCGUCGCGAGUACACCUCCCGCAUCUCGGCCCUGAGUCCCGAGGACCAGAAGAAGUUCAUCGAGAUGCGCAAGCGGCGCAAGCAGCUCAAGGAGCAGAAGCUGCGCGAGCAGAACGAGAAGAAACUCAAGCGGAUACAGCAGGCCAUGCGAUUGAAUGAUGCCGAGUAGAGGCGACGCACUCGCAGAUCCCACAUCGCCUCCUAAACAUAUCUCUUCCAAUCUCCUUUACAGAACGUCGCACUAAUCCCCGCUACUAACCGAGACAUAUCGUUCGGAGAAUUGGCUCACAGCACAACCACUGGGCCGAUCCCCUCUUUAUUUUAAUUGCUUUUUCAUUUGUUGCUUUUAAUGGAAGAAAAACAAAAGGAAAACACGCAAAAGUAUUAUUUACAAAGGAGAUGAAAGGAAGGGAAAGAAAAGGAAAGGAAACGAAACGUUACGGAAGGGAAAACCCAGUUUGAUUUUGCAUUUGAUCCGCAGGCGAGCGAUGGAAAUUUUGGAUAUCGUUUCGAGAGUGUUCCGGAAAACACUUAAUCUCUAUGGGAACUUCGCGCUAGCUCUAUGUAGUACUGUACAGUAAACAUAUAUACCAUAUACAAAUAUGAUAUAUAUAAUAUCUAUAGGUCUAGGAUAGACACACACCCACAGGCACCUCCACCCACACGAAAUAUAACCAUCAACUAUAUAGAAUAUCGAGCAAUUUGAAAGCCCAUCACAAAGAAUUUUAACAACUAGAGAGCACACAGAAAAUAUAUAUGGAAAUAUCUCAUAAAACUAUAGCAAAGAAUGGGAAUGGCUGGAAGAUCGAUUCCUCGUUUGAACCCAAUGCAAAAUGUAUCCUCGAAAUGUGCGGCCUUGGGGAGAAGGCAACGUAGAAGCAAUAAUUUACUAAGGAAAACCCUUUUGAUAAUACAAGUAUCCCAUGUACUAACUAUUUAGGUUAUAACAUAAUGAUUAAAGUAUGUUUAAAUGUAAA